UGGUAAUACUUGGAGUCAACGUUAACUGAAUUUAAAAUGGGAAAGGUGACGGUCAUUAAAAAAUCUAGGGUUUACAAACAUCGCCUUUGGAGCUACGGAAAAUUCAUCUGAUUUCAUCAUCUUCUUCGAGUAUUCGAUCAGAAUAUCUAUUGGUGAUUUUGCUACGAAGUGAGCUGUUAAAUAAGCAGGGACAUUUGAGCAGUUGUAGUUUUUUUCUCUCUUAUCUGCCAUCGAGAAAAGGGGGAAACCAUGGCAGGGAAACUGCCAGGGGAUCCUUCUCAGCAUGGAAUUGAAAGAAAGGCAACCACAAUGUGCAUACCAGAUGAAGAGUUUCAGAGCUUGACACGCAAGUGGUACUUCGGUAGAAAGGAGAUAGAAGAUCAUUCUCCAUCAAGGAAGGAUGGCAUUGACCAUCAGACAGAGUCACGAUUGCGGAAGUUGUACUGUUCAUUUUUGCAAGAUCUUGGUAUGGAGCUUAAAGUGCCCCAGGUGACGAUAGCAACAGCGAUGAUGUUGUGCCAUCGGUUUUAUUUGCGUCAAUCUCAUGCAAAGAAUGAAUGGCAGACUGUUGCUACUUCUUGUAUGUUCCUUGCUUGCAAAUUGGAAGAAACACCAAGGUGGUUGAGUGAUGUUAUUGUGGUGGCUUAUAAACUAAUGUACAGAUGCGAUCCUUCUGCCCCGCGAAGAAUCAAACAAUUGGAAGUUUAUGAUAGGCAUAAGGAGUUAAUCUUAAUUGGAGAGAGGGUUUUAUUGGCAACAGUUGCUUUUGACUUCAAUGUUGAACUCCCUUACAAGCCACUAGUCACAGCUCUGAAAAGAUUGGAGAUUUCACACAAGGAGCUUGCAAAAGUAGCAUGGAAUUUUGUGAAUGACUGGCUCCGUACAACGCUCUGUUUGCAGUACAAACCCCAUUAUAUCGCUGCUGGUUCCCUGUUCCUUGCUGCCAAAUUUCAGAAAGUGAAGCUUCCCACGGAGAAGGGAAAGGUUUGGUGGCUGCAGUUUGAUGUUUCACCUAAGCUAUUAGAAGAGGUCAUCCAACAGAUGCUUGGGUGGUUGGAGCGAAAUCGGAAACAAGCUCCAUUGGCACGUGGGAGAGUGACUGAAUCUAAAGCUGUGGUUGGAAAAGCAACCUCUAAUAGCUCACAAUCAUGUGUUAUAAAUGGCUCGGUUGCCGCUCAUGAUUCUGGCCAUAGAGCUACUGUGAGUAUUGGAGUAAUUGUUGAAUCUGCAAUGUCCAAGAGCUGCUUGAAUCAAGCCUGCAAUGAUACCCAUAUCACUGAAAAAGAAAAGUUAAAUACUCAGACAAGCGACUGUAGUAGUGCCAAUAGUGUCAUUGAGGAUGGUGAUGGUGAGCCAAGAACGGGGAUAUCUGAUCAGAACUCAAGUUGCAAGAUUGUUUCUCUUCAAAAUGGCUACAGUAAGAUAGAUGUACGUAAGAUUAGAGAGACAAUAAAGAGGAGGAGAUGGGAUAGAGUUGCUAAGGAGAAGGUCUCAAAUGCCAUGGUUGAAGAGACAGAUAAUGAAACCUGGAUAGAGAGCGAGCUGGAAAGUGGAAUAGAGGCAGAGUCUAGCAAUGUGAAGAAGAAGCCAAGGAGGUUUUGAAGCUUUGAACUCAAAUUGGAGUUUUUUGUGCUUGCUUGCUUAAGGUACUUCUCUUUGCUGUGUAAUAGCAAUCGUGGCUGGAUACUGGGUUUUUGUUGGUUGUAAGUAUUGGAAUUUUGUACCAUUAUAGUUCAAUUUUUUUGAAAGUAUAAUUGAGAUUUAGCAUAGGUCUAAUUUAUUGACCUUGUAUGUGUAGGAUACCACUUAAUCUAAUCUGCAGUUGGUUGCGUCAA